UCAAAACAACAUGAUCUGAUUGGACAAAGUCCGAUAAAGACCUGCGGCGUUACAGGGUAUCUCGAUCUCCAACGGCGUCGUCGGCUGAUUAGUCUGAUUAGUCAAUUGCUCCUGAACGAAAUGGUUUCUUUUCUUUCGCCCGCUCAUCACGGUUCGAUGCACUGCUCGAGCACCAUUCAUUAUGAGCGGUGAAAGCGAUACUUCUGCAGGCUUUCUGCGCGAUGUCUGGCAAGCCGUUGCCAAACAUCCUCGGGCCGUCAUUGCCACAGCAGUCCUCGGGCUAGUGGUUCUCUUCGUAGCUGACACGUUGCGUACUUGGUACCGACUAUCACAUGUUCCCGGCCCGUUUUGGGCGGGGUUCUCCAAAGCUUGGAUGGUGAGACAAUCCUUCAAGGGGAUUCAACCUUAUGCGAUUCAACAAGCCAAUGAGAAAUAUGGAUCUCUCGUGCGCAUUGGACCAAAUGAGCUGGCUACGGAUGAUCCCAAGCUUCUCAAGCGCAUGAUGUCAAGCCGCUCUGCUUACACGAGAGGACCUUGGUACAAUGCUCUCCGUUUCGAGCCCGGAAAGGAUAACCUCUUCUCAAUGAGAGAUGACGACGCCCAUGCAAAGCUACGCAACAAGAUGGCCGCUGGUUACUCUGGCAAAGAAAACGAGUCUCUCGAGCGUACUAUUGAUGAACAUAUCGCCAAACUCAUCAAACUCCUGGAAGCAAAGUAUCUCUCGACAAAUCAAGACUACCGCCCAGUAGACUUUGCGCAAAAGAUCCAGUUCUUCACUCUGGAUGUCAUCAGCGAUCUUGCAUUUGGUCAAGGAUUUGGGUAUAUCGAGCAAGACGAUGAUGUCUUUGACUUCAUCAAGAUCACAAAGUCUUACUUCCCUAUCACGUUGGUCAUGGCGAACAUCCCGUCGCUCGUGUCGCUGCUACACUCGAAGCUCUUUAGUGGCGCGUUGCCCAAGGAGAGCGAUAAACUUGGGUUUGGUGCCUUCAUUGGCGUCGCGAACAAGAAAGUCGCGGAACGGUUUGCGCCAGGUGCCGAGUCUCGUCCAGACAUGCUCGGUUCUUUCAUUCGUCACGGCCUGACUCAAGAAGAAGCUUCCAGAGAAUCCCUUCUCAACGUCGUCGCUGGAAGUGAUACCUCUGCGACUACCAUCCGCCUCAUAAUGCUCAGCCUUCUAAGCAAUCCCAUCAUGUAUCUCAAACUGCAGAAAGAAAUCGACGACGCCGUCAAGGCUGGAAGUAUCUCAUCACCCAUCACUGAUGCUGAAGCCAGAAAACUUCCCUAUCUCCAGGCCGUUAUUCAAGAAGGUCUUCGCAUAAAAGCUCCCGCAGCUGGGCCACUAUUCAAGCAGGUUCCUCCCCAAGGCGAUGAGAUAGAUGGAAAGUUCAUCCCCGGAGGUACACAGAUCGGACAAUCGCCAUUUGCUGUUUAUCAUUCCAAGGAGAUCUUUGGUCAAGAUGCAAGUCUCUUUUCGCCUGAGCGAUGGAUCAAUGCGGAUCCCACGCAAUAUGAAGCUAUGGCUGAGGUUGUCAGUCUUGUGUUCUCGACCGGAAAGUAUCAGUGUCUUGGUAAGCCUGUCGCAUUUAUUGAGCUGAAUAAGAUCUUUGUUGAGCUGUUGCGACGAUUUGACUUUUGUAUGACUCGUCCUGAAAGACCUCUUCAUAUCAUGAACGCUGGAAUCUGGCUAAUUGAAGAUUUCCCUGUUCGCAUUACACGACGGGGGGCUUAAGGAGACCAAUCUACGUAAAGAUAACAUGGUCCUAAUUGAUAAUAGGGUAGCAUUGGAGUUGAUCAUUAAUCUGUUCAUCACGCUCAAAACUGUUAACCAUAUUAUACCGCAUGCAAAGUCAAUAUACCUAGUUUAAGAUUAUUUGAAGAGUAUGAUAGUGAAUUCGUUUACCCUGAUGUGCUUUUUCUGCC